UCUCUCUUCGGUGUUACAUUUUGUAGACGGUCCCUGCGCACUCGUCUCACAGCCGGAGACCAAUGUUAUUUUCCAGGUCGGAGGACGGCUCGUUUUGAUGAAAAUGAGGUUGUAGCUUGUUGUCUCCCUUACUACGGUAGGAAAUAGUCGUCGUUUGUGUUUUAAUGACGUUCGCUGGUUGUGAAAUUGUGCAAGCCAUGCCUUUUUUGGAAUUCAUAGCUGGGAGCAUUUCUGGUGCAGUUGGACUGGCAGUUGGUCAUCCAUUAGACACUGUGAAGGUGCGCCUUCAGGCCCAGUCUGUUUACAAAGGGAUAUUUCACUGUAUGGCUAAAACAUACUCUAAUGAAGGGCUCCAUGGAUUCUUCAAGGGCAUGGCAUUUCCGGUGCUGACCACGGGUAUCACCAACUCUGUUGUCUUUGGCUCUUACAGUAAUGCCUUAGAUUACCUCACUCAGUCUCAGCGCUGUGAGCGCAAUCAAGGCAAACCGGCUUCUGCUGCACAGGUCUUCACUGCCGGCUGCUUCUCAGGCCUGGUGCAGGUGUUUAUUACUGCCCCCGUUGACCUGGUGAAGGUGCGUCUGCAGGGUCAAACAACUGCUGACCGAUACCGUGGACCCUUUCAUUGUGUUGCUGUCAUCCUGAAGAAAGAGGGACCCAGGGGUCUGUUCAGAGGAGGGCUGGCCCUAGCCCUGAGGGACAUACCCUGCUAUGGACUCUACUUUUUACCUUACGAGGUCACUCGAAAGGCUCUGACUGAGAGCAACAAAGAGCCAGGUACGCUUGCAAUAUUGAUGGCAGGUGGUGUGGCGGGUGUGGUGACCUGGGCUUUUGCCACGCCCAUGGACGUGGUGAAAGCCCGGCUCCAGAUGUCAGGGGCCGGCGGCCGGGAGUACAGAGGGGUCCUCCACUGCAUGAGAGUGAGCUUCAGAGAGGAGGGACUGAGGGUCUUUUUCAAAGGCCUUCUACUGAACAGCCUGAGAGCCUUCCCCGUCAACGCCGUCACCUUCCUCAGCUACGAGAGUCUGAUGAGGAUUUUCUGCCCACCGACGAGAUGACCUCACUCUUGACGGCAAUUAGAUACACUCCUUGCCAUGCAAAUUGAAAGAUCUUCCUGUGGUGUGGACAUUUUAAUAUACAUACACAAUUUGACUGUAGGUCAGAUAUUCUCAGGGUUACUUAAAAUUUGCCUUAUUGGGUGCCUUCACUAUGAUAGUUGGCAAGCUAUUCCACAUUGUGAUGCCUCUAAACAUUACAGACCUGCACACCGCAUUUGAACACACUUCAGCUGAACACAAUAGAUGAAAAUGUUCAAAUUCAGUUCCAGCUGAUUUUGUUGUGACUUGAACUGCAGGGUUAAGCUCUUCAUGUUUACUGGAUAUCAAAUCCAUUGUUGUCCAAAAUGUGAAUGUAAAAGUUAUAACUUUGUUGCAGACAGAGCCAUGUUUUUCACUAUAGGUUUUUUUUUUAUUUCAAAGCAUUUUAUUCCUCUCAACUGGACACAAACCGUGAUCAUAAAUAAACAGUACAAAUAAUGGA